AUGGAGUCUGGCUUCUCGCACCCCAACAUCACCGAGGUGGUGAUCCCCGUUGGGAGAACAAUUAUAGGCAGCAGGUUUGGAAAAUCCAAGGACGCUGCAGGAGCACUGGCGCUCCUCGAGGUGUUCCUGGUGCCGCUCGUCUCCAGGUUCUACUCCUCACCCACAGUCAUGGAAUACUACCGGAGAAGAAAGGAAUUUGAUGUUGUGAUCACAAAUCACUUGUUUAAUGAGAUGGCCUACCCCUUUGCUGUGGGAAUGCCCUUCAUCACCCUGACCACCAAUGGCGUGGAGCCCCGUCAGUGCGCCGUCUUAGGGAACGUGCUUAACCCAGCUUACGUGCCCAGCGAGUACUUGGACUACCCCCGGCCUUACUCUCUCCUUCACCGCCUCCACAACCUCUACACCAUCCUCAGUGUUGCAGGAUACUGGCGUGUGUGGGGGAUGAUGCCCAAGAUACAGAGAGAGGUGUCGGCCAUCUUCCCGGACCUGCCUCCGCUGCUGGAGAUUGAGAGGAACGUCAGCCUGGCUCUCCUCAACUCUAACUUCGGCAACCAUAUUCCUGUGCCCCUCCUGCCCUCCCAGGUGGAGGUGGGCUCCAUGCACUGUGUACCUGGAACCUCUCUUCCCCAAGACCUGGAGUCGUGGCUUGUAGGUGCUGGCCCAGGAGGCGCCGUCUACAUCAGCAUGGGCACCACCUCAAAGGGUGUUACCAUGCCCGACCAGUACCGCCGUAUUCUAAUCGACACCUUCAGGAGGCUUGAGUAUCGGGUAAUCUGGAAGUAUGAUUCAGCUCUGGAAGGAGUGUCAGCCAAUGUACUAAUGAAGGAGUGGAUGCCGCAGCAGGAUAUUCUAGCGGAUCCGAGAGUGAAGCUGUUCAUCACUCAUGGAGGUCUGCUGGGCACUCAGGAGGCUAUAUGCCACAGCACGCCCCUCCUCGCCCUCCCAAUCUUCGCUGACCAGCCCAGGAACGCCAAAAUGAUCGUCGACAACGGGUUUGGUCUUGCCUUGGAGUGGGAGGAGCUGACUGUCGACCUCCUCGUCACUACCAUUAAAGAGGUUAUCACCAAUCCCAAGUACACGCAGAAGGUACAGGAGGCGUCGAGGGUGGUGCUAGACCUGCCUCGGCCGCCCUUGGAGACGGCAGUGUUCUGGAGCGAGUAUGUGAUGCGUCACCGAGGAGCGCCCCACCUCAGAUCACCGGCGGCUGACCUCUCAUGGGUGGAGUUCCUGAUGCUGGAUGUCCUCGCUUGCCUCUCUCUGGUAGCCAUCCUGCUCUUCCUCGCCCUGCACAAGCUGCUCUCGUUUUUCAACACGCAACUCCAUAAUAUUAUUUACAAAGGCAAGAUGAAAAUGGAUUGA